GGCGGGAAAACGCCGCGAGGGGAAAAGGGGGGAAUGGUGAGGCCGGGACAGGUAAGGCGGGCAGCAUCCCCCGGGCCGCCCUCCCCAGCCCCUCAGGGAACACCCUCCCAUUCCCUCAUGGUCCUCACAGACCCUCCCAGCCCCCUAAAAUCCCCCCCUCUCAGAACCUCCCCCUCUGCCCCCACCCAGCCCCUCAUCAGGGUCCUCACAGACCCUCCUGGCCCUCCAAAAUCCCCCCCUCAGAGCUCCUACCCCGCCCAAGCCCCCCAUGGAUCCCUGCAAGCCCUUUAGGGACCCCCAUUCCCUAAUGGGUCCUCUCAGUCCACCCCCUCAAAUCCUCCUCUCAGAGCCUCUCCCACUCCCCAGCCCCCCCAAAGCUCCUCAUGGACCUCCAAGCCCCUUGGGUCCCCCACAUUCCCUCAUCAGGGUCCUCACAGACCCUCCCAGCCCCCCAAAAUCCCCUCCCUUAGAGCUGCACCCUCCAUUCCUACUGCCCCCCCUCCCAGCCCUUCAUGGGCCCUCUCAGGGUCCUCACAAACUCUCCAAGAACCCCCCAUUCAGAGCCCCCCUCACUCUCACAGCACUCCCAUGGCCCCCCAAACCCCUCAGGACCCCCCAGUCCAAUGAAGCCCCUCAGAGCCCUCCCAGUCCCUCCCUUCUCUGGUCAGAAACCACCCUCAGGUCCCACUCAAGACCCCCAUUCCCCUCAGCCCCCUCCAUAAUCCCCUGAGGACCCCCCCAAAUCCCCUUCCUAGCACCCUCUGGCAUCCCUAAUUCCCUCAGCGCCCCCAAAAUCCCCCUGAGAGCAUUCCCUGGCACCCCUGAUUCCCUCAGUGCCCCCAAAAUCCCCCUCAGAGCCCACUCCAAACUCCCCAAUCCACUCAUGACCUCUCCAAGGCCCCCUGAUCCCUUGAAGAUCUCCCCAAACGCCCCUCUGGGGUCAUUCAGAGCCCCCCAGUCCCCUCAGGAGCCCUCCAAGUCCCCUUCAGAGCCAGCUUAUCCAGAGAGAUGCUGGGGUUAUUGUUAUCCAAAACACCCUAAACAUUAAUUAAAAUUAAGCACAAAUGAAUUCAAAAUGCUUUCAGUGUUUUGGGUCUAGCAAGGCAAACUGCUGCAUUGUUAUUUGUUAAGAAAAAAAAUGUUCUUUACAGCUCUAAGUCUUUAAAAACAGCCAACAUCUGAGUACAGUUUCUGGUGAAUGUUAUUUGGCAAGUAAUAUUUAGUAUAACCUUUAUGUUUUCUGCCUUCUUUCAAGAUGAAAUCUGCAAUGAGUAAACGUAAGCUGAAGGACACCUGUGGAGCAAGUGCUGAGUGCAUUUCACAGGUGCAAAAGGUUCUCCGUGAAAGGUUCUGUCACCGUCCCAGUGCUACUGGAAAACUGUUUGGGAUUGAAUUCCAGUACAGACAUUUGCUGGAGCUGCUGAAAAGAACCACCUUGCAUGGAGAGAGUAAUUCUGCCCUCAUCGUUGGGCCCAGAGGAUCAGGGAAGACCACGUUAUUAAAUCACGUCUUAAAAGACCUCAGGGAAAUGAAACAAGUUAGAGGGAACCUCUUGGAAGUUCACCUGAAUGGGCUCCUGCAGACGAGUGAUAAAGUGGCCCUGAAGGAGAUCACCAGGCAGCUGCAGCUGGAGAACGUGGUUGGGGAUAAAGUCUUUGGCAGUUUUGCUGAAACCCUCGCGUUCCUCCUGGAAGCUUUGAGGAAAGGAGACCGAACCAGCAGCUGCCCAGUGCUGUUUGUCCUGGAUGAGUUCGACCUGUUUGUCCAUCACAAGAACCAGACCCUGCUCUACAACCUCUUUGACAUCUCCCAGUCAGCACAGACCCCAGUCACCAUCAUUGGGCUCACCUGCAGGCAGUACAUUAAGAUAUUUAAGGAGCAACUUUCCCUUCCUGCUGAAUUUCCUGAUGAGCCUUUUGCACAGAAAUGGAAUGACAAUAUUCAGCACCUCUCAGAGGAUAAAAUUGUGCAGGACGUGCUGCAGAACCUUUUCCACCACACCAAGGACCUGCGCUCGCUCUAUUUCCUCUUGAUGCUGGCUGUCAGUGCAGUGACUGUGCACCACCCCCUGCUCACGGCAGCAGACCUGCAGGAGGCCAGCAGGCAGCACAGCUCCGACUCCAAGGCCAACAUCGUGCACGGUUUGUCCGUGCUGGAAAUCUGCCUCAUCAUAGCCAUGAAACACCUGAAUGAUGUGUAUGAUGGAGAACCCUUUAACUUCCAGAUGGUUUACAAUGAAUUCCAGAAGUUCAUCCAGAGGAAAGCACACUCCAUGUACAACUUCGAGAAGCCGGUUGUCAUGAAGGCCUUUGAACACUUGCUGCAGCUGGAGUUGGUGAAGCCCCUGGAAAGGCCGUCGGCGCGAGCGCAGCGGGAAUAUCUCCUGAUGAGGCUGCUGCUGGACAACACCCAGAUCAUGGAUGCCCUGCAGGUGUAUCCCAACUGCCCCACGGACGUGAAGCAGUGGGCAGCCUCCUCCCUCAGCUGGCUCUGAGCUCCUGGCACAGCAGAGCUCCAGCAGGGAAGUGCCAGUGCCAGGAGAGGGAACGUUACCCACAGGAGCGCGUUUGGAUUAAUGAAUUCUUGGAAGAAGCCUCCUGUGCUGAUCCAUCUGGGAUGGAUUUGAAGGAGAACCACGCUGAUGUUGUCUCCCAGCGGCCGGAACUGUGACUGACUCCAAGGCUCGGGUGGUUUAGCUCAGCUCGGUGCCAACUUCUCCUCAUUGCACACAGUCUGCACUUGGAGAAAUCCAACUCCUUGGAGUUUCUCCCUCUGGAUCCUGGCUCAGGACACGCUGCCCUCCCCAGUGUGGCCCUGGCAGUCCUGCAGCACGGCCACACCAGCCCACCUGUACUUCUCCUCCUCAAAUCUGACCUGACCUGGAAAAUUUACUCCAUUAAAUCUGUAAUCACAGCAAAAUUUACCUAAUUAAACCUUUUAAUCCCAAUAAGCUUCAGCUGCAACUGGUGGUUUGUGCCACCUUCUGCCGUUUCCAACCGAAGUGUGACGUGACCGGUGUAUCCCGGCACCAGGAUGGUUUGGGAAUGCCAAUGGAGCCGGCUGGGAGCGCUGCCCUGGACUCUGCUGUCAGCUCUUUGCAGUCAAAGGGUUUUUGAUUUUCCUCUUUGCUUCACAGAGGUGCUGUCUGCACACCUGGACAUCCCGAGGGCAGAGCAGGGAAGGAAUCCUGGAAUGGUGAGGGCUGGAAGGGACUGAGAUCUUCAUGAUCCAGGUCCUUUAGGUGGUGCCACUGCUGCACACUUGGUAUGAGAUUUUCCUGCAGCAGCUCUUCUCCAGGAAGGAAAGUGUGGAUUCAGCCAACCCCAGUCUCCCUGUUUGAGUGGAGCUCAUGUAAUUCCAGCUGGCCUUGUGAAAUGGGAGGGGUUAUCCACUGCUUCCUGGGGAGCUGGGGGACAGGCAGCUCUCAGGGAAGUGGUUGCUUUGCCCAUCCCUGGAGAAGGAAGAGGCAGCCAAGCCCUGACCUCGGGCUGCAGCAGUGGGAGUAUCAGUGGCAGUGUGUGCAAUUCCCAACACAUGGCUUCUCCCUGCCCUUGGCAGCAGCUGGCACUGCCCUGGAACAGUGUCUCACCCUCCUCAGUGCACUGCAAAUAGGGAUAAAAAACAAGGGACAAAAUAUAGGGAAUGCUGGAGUAUCCUGACACAGAAGAGGUGAGUUUUCCCUCAGACGUGCUGGAGUUGAGGCAGAUUCUCCCUUUGCUUCUCACCAUAUUUGACCUGUAACAUUUUCCCUUUCUCUUUUUUUUGCCACAAAACUCCCAGUUUGGCUGGAGAACAGCCCCACCUGUUGCAAACCAGUUUAAAAGGAGGCAUUUGCAAGUCAGAGUAGUCACAUUUUUUAUUUUCCCGUUGGGGGAAUAGGGCAGAGUAUACAUUUGUAUUUGUACAAUAUUUAACAAUCACUUUAUUGAGGGUUGGGGGGGGGGGUUGGUUGGUUUUUUUAGCACUUGCAGAAACCCAGCAAGUACCUUUUGACAGUAGUACAACAACCUGUGCCCAAAACACUGACAAAUACAGAGAGGAAAGGUAAAGAAAUCGCUCCCCAAACUCGAGAGGGAACGAAGAGGAGAUGGACUGAAACAAAAUGAAAGGAGGAGGGAGAACAAAAGCAGUUCCUGCUGGUUGAGUAUCUGAGGUAACAGAUGUUCCAUCAAGGAUGCUACUGGAGUCCUGUUGCCCAUGGAUGUGUAUUGCAGCUUCCUGUGUUUUGUACCAGAAAUGUCUUACAAGAGGUUCAAAAGCCUGGAGGAGGAGCAGAGGGGGGGCCCUACGGGUGGUGUCAGUGCUGAGGUGAGCAGGACAUGGCUGGUCACACCCAGAGCUGGCCUUGGAGCACUGCACCCGCCUGCCUUGGGUAUUUCCAUGUUUCUGGGGGGGUUUGGGAACAGCCCAGGAAUGGCAGUGCUGGUUGAACACCCCCCUGGGCCUGGGCUGAGGGGGAGCGUGAGCAGAGUCGUGCAGGACGGGGACAGGAACAGGAACUUCUCAGCCUCUCACACAGAAACAACCCCGGGGGCUCAGGGGCCGCUCCAGGGCCAUCCCUGCACUUGGAGCCAGGGGACAGGCAGGGCCAGUGCCACGGUAUUCCCUAGCACCAGGCUCCCUGGAUCCUGCCCUGGCAGCUCAACUCAGUCAAUGCUCCAGAAGCGAAAGCAGAAUUCAUGUCCCAACCCCUGUGGGAGCAGCUGGACAGGACAGCCCAGGGGAGACCAGUCUGACCAGUUCAAAAGCAUUUCCAAGGAGCAGCCUGUUCUCAGGGACGCUACAUCACGCUGUUAAAUCCCAGGAAAUGGGAGCAGGACAAGAACUGAGCUGGGACAGCCAAAGGCAGAGUGAAAAGGCAGAGGUACAAGUGCUGUGAGAACCCGAGUUUGAGGGAGACACAAAUGAUGGACAUUUUACACGUGCUCGGGGUUUGCAUCAGAUCUCAGGGAGCACAGAAUUAAACUCCGUUUGCUCCAGUUUUGCUCCUUGGGAGCCCAGAGGUCUCAGGGAGUACAAGUGGGUUGGGAUUUGUUCAGAACUCCAUUCCUGUCCUGUGUAUGGGGGAAGUUAAAUUAAAACUGGAUUAAAAAGGGAAGUGUCACAAAGUGGAAUUCUCCCCCUUCCCGAAGUCCCCUCGGAGCAGGUCCCUCAGGCACAGACGUGACCAACAGCGACACAGCCCGGGGUGGAACAUCAGCCCUUCCCUCCCUCCCUGUAUCCAUCCCAUCCCACUGUUCCCAGGGAAGAAGUCCCCUCUCAGGGCUGCACAGAUCCACGCUCCAGCCCCCCUGCCGUGAGCUCCCAGCUGCACUGUUAAAGCUGUUUGCCAAAGACACGGACUGGACAGACAGGGAGAACACGGACACACACUCAGCACACCGGGGGCCGCUGCCGGGUCUGUGCUCCAAUCCCAACAUUUAUUGGACUUGGAAUUUUGGGGGAAGGAUCCCAUAAACGUGGUGAGCCAGCACUGGGAGCAGCACUGCGGCACCCAGCUCCCAGUCACCCUAAUUCCAACCCGAGGUGUGACAUCCUGCACUCCGGUGUUGGAGCUGGGAAAGCCACUUCCACGUUUUUCCUCAUUUUUGGCGAGUCUGUGCUGUGGAUAUUUGUUACCUCGGAAUGGUCGUUGCAUAUCGUGAGCACAACUAAUUAUCCCUGAAAUUUCACACCUGGAAUCUGGAGCCAGAACUCUUUGUGUGACUCCAGGAUAAACCUGUGGAUCACAGGGAGCGUGAGCUGCACUCCUGUGGGAUGGCACAAGCUUUGAGUGGAGGGAAUUGCAAAUAUUCCAAGCAGAGAGUGAGGAACUGGGGGGGAACUGAGCUUCCUGAGGUGAUCCUGGAACAGGGACACAGCCCCCACUGUUUGCUGGGACAGGGAACACGCGGCGACCUCGGCACGAACAUAAAUAGGAAAAAAAAGACUUUUUUUUUUAAAAAAAAAAAAAAAGAACAAGAA